AUGGAAAUCUCAGAGCGUCCUCUCUCUAUUGAGAGCUUCUCCAAGAGCUGGUUGAUCAACAUAAGGGAAUCCUCUUUCGAUGAUUCCCUGGUCGACGACGAUCCUUACGAUGAAACUACUACUGCGGCUUUCAUAGAAUUAGAUCCCAACAACAACUGGACUCCUUCCAAGAGAUUCCUAUCAGUCCCACAUGAUUUCAGCUUCGAUUCCAAUUUUGCAAGCUCUCCUCUGUUCGUCGUUUAUGCCGAUGAACUCUUCUCCAAUGGCCUCGUUAUGCCUAUCUUCAUCAACCCAUCAAAGAUUGAAGCCUCGACCGACUUUAUCGCAGAAUCAUCACCACCACCACCACCACCUACGGCUAUUUCCAUUUCCAUCUCUGCAAAGGAAUCAUCCACUGGAGGUUUGAUUUUGUCACAUGGAAAUGGGAAGAUGGAAUUGUCAUUCCUGAGAAGGUACAUGAGAUCGUCUAAGAGGAUUUUCCACAAAUACGUGAGUUUCGUCAAGCCUCUGUACCAGAAGUUUCGGGGCUCCUCAAGGGUUUGUAGGAGUGAAACAGAGUCCAUUGACAGAAUCUGGGGGAGUUCGUAUUGUUCAACCACUGAUCAAUGGUGUGAUAUUGACGAAGCUGUUCUCCAUUGCAAGAAAUCGUUUGGUACGUAA